AUGUCAUCUCACAACCAUCACGGACACGAUUCUGCUGCGCCAACAACUCCUCCUGUUUCUACAACUUCCACAUCGUCUAAUAUCGGCCUGGUUAAAGAAGAUAAUCGUCAACCUUCUUCUCCUCCUUUAUCAUCUCCUACAACUCCUCUACAAAAUUCUAUUGAUUCUCUAAAAGUUGAUUCUUCUUUACCUUCAUUUGCUUCUGUAUUCACUUCUAAUAAUAACAAUAAUGACAGCGAUGAAGAUGAGAUUGAUGAAUUAUUACCACAGCAACGGAAUUUACGAAAUCAACGUCACAAUUCUGCCGAUAAUUAUCUUUCUUCUCCGAUAACUAAUGAUACUUCUCCUUCACUACUCCCUCUUUCUAUUGAUAAUGCUCGUUCGGCUGCUAGUAUUUCAAAUCUGAUCAAUCAUGAUGACGAUCAUCAUUCCUCUGUUUCUCCUACAUCACAAAUUAGUAGUAGAUCAAUCUCCCCAUCACCUGAAACUCCUCGUAAUAAUGUUUCCAUAUUAAAUGAACCAAGGUUUAUUAGUAUAGAAUUUCAUAACACAAAUAACUCCGAUUUUUCUUCGCCUACUACCACUAAAAAGAAAAGAAAAGGUGGUCACGAUGCUGAUGAUGAUAUAUCUAAAAAUAAACGUAUUUCUGAUUCUUCAAAAAGGCAACGUAAAAAUGUACAUAAAUCCUCUUCAACUACUUCCGUAUCAAAUACUCCUAUCUCUGCAACUUCUAUUAUUGAUGAAACUGAUGACGUCACCACUUUGAAUGGUUCUAUACCUCCUUCUCCGGUUCCUUCUUCAGGAUUUGACGAAAUGAUUCUUGAUGAUCAAGCUUCUGAUGAUUCCCCUUCCGCUACUUCUCCAACAAAUUCCAAUGCAAAUAUUACCUUUUCUUCAAAACAAAAUCGUAAAAAACCUUACAUUCCUCCUGAUCAUUGGAGAAAUUUAUCUGAUCAUGAAAAAGAUGAAUGGAAAAGAAAAGCUGAAGAAGCAAAAGAACGUCAUAUGAAAGCUUGGCCUGAUUAUAAAUAUCAACCUAGAAGAAGAGUGGUUGGUCCAACUUUUAAAAAACCAUUAAAGGGUCCUGGUGCUCCUACUAAACUCGAUAAUGUAGGUGAUUUUGAUACCGGCUCUCGUCGUAAUAUUAAUGAUCAUGUGAAACCAAAUAUGGAUAAUUUCGUUAUGGAGAUUUCUAAUUCUUUUCAAAGAAAAUCCAGUAUUGCUGAUGAUAUCCCUAUUAAUGAUUCCCAUGAUUCACAACGUAAUAAAUCGAACAAUAAAAAAUCGCCUACUCCGGAUGCAUUCAAAUCAAAGAUGUCCACUUCUCCUCAGAGACAAAAUUCUACUUCAUCGCAAAUUACGACACGUUUACCUCCUCCACAUACUUUAGGUGCUCCUCCAAUGCAAUUAUUACCACCCACACAACCUACAAUGAUUUUGCCUAAUACUCCUUCUCCACCUGCUGCUACGGCUCGUGGUGCGCUUAUUGUUCUUGAAGGUUGUGAAGAUGGUACAACUGCUUUACAAUCAACAAAAUUAUUGGAAUUUUUAAAAAAUGAAGGUAUCAAAGCUCGUUUGUGGAAAUUCCCUGAUACCUCAACUCCUUCGGGUACUGCUCUUAAAGCUUAUAGAUCAAAUAAUCGUCAACCACAUCCAAAGACUCUUCAUUUACUUGUUGCUGCUCAUUGGUGGGAACUUAUGCCUAUAAUGAAAGAACAUCUAAUUAAUGGCACAACUUUGAUAGUGGAUAAAUAUGUUUACUCAUCGAUUGCUGCUUCUGCUUCGGCAGGUUUAGACCUCAAUUGGUGUAAAGCUAGUUAUGUGCACUUGUUAUGCCCUGAUUUGAUCUUUUUCUUAAAUGUAGAAAGAGAAUCAAAUGAAUUAGAUCAACAGUCUCAAUCUCCGCAAUCAACUCAACUCCCUCAUGUUAAUGAUAUGCUUGGAGCUAGUAGUAAUGAUGAUGAAAGUAGACGUGCAUCUGAAUGGCAAAAAAGAUUACAAGAUGCAUUUGCUCGAUUGGCAGAAGUUCAGUGGAAGGUAAUUAUUAACAGUUAA